AUGGCAUUUCGGAAUCCUAAUGGUCAACCAAGUGCAGGCUUUGGGAUGCUGCCAUAUCAUCAGCAGAUGUAUAUGCCAGGUAAUAUGAGUAUGGGACCGCCCGGACAACAGCAACUACCCCGGCCGGGCAGUGCACAGUUCAUACAGCAGAGGGCGCCCUUCCCUGGAGCUGCAGCACCGCAACGCUAUCCCAUCAUGCAGCAGGGCAUGUUGCCCCAGCAGGGGGCGUUCCCGCCACAGAUGUACAGUGGUCAGAUGCCUGCGCAGCAGGCUGGUCUAAGCAUGCAGCAGCAAAUGAGCUAUCAACAGCAGCAGCAGCAACAGCAACAGCAGCAGCAGCAGCAACAUCAGCAACUAGUAGGUCAACCACAACAGUUACCGGCUCACAUGCAGCAAUCUUUAUCCCAGCAUCAAGGUCAACAGAGGCAGCUUCUAGAGCAGCAGAAGCGGAUGGAGGAGCAGAUUAAGAAAGAGAGGUACUUCCAGGAGCAGCAGCGCAAGUUGAAACAGUUUGGUCGAGUGGGCAACAAAGCGGCUUCGGUCGACGCCCUUAACAUAAACCUCGAUGACAUGUUUGUUAAAGGAGGAGGCGGGGCAAGAGGUGCUGGGAAGGGAGCUACGACAGCACAAGCUAAACCACAGCAGACCAAACCAGCUCCUGCUCCUGGUAUGGAAGAUGAUGGAUUUGGAGACUUCCUCCAGGGCCCAACACCCCCACUGAACACCCCUCAGACACCCACCGCUGACCCCAUCCUACCUCAGGGCCACCUGGCCUCCCACGUUGGUCAGCCAUCUCCGCAACAACCUCCAUCCCAGGAUGAAGGAUUUGGAGAUUUCCUACAAGGACCGGCAGGGGAGGGAAACGGCAGAUUGCAAGAGGUUGACCCGGGUGUGAGGAUGCCACGCAAAGAAGGGAAGAAAGUGCGCUCCCUUGAGACUAUGUUGCUUGACUCGACUGACCUGAAAGCUUCCAGCAAGGCCCCAAACGCCUUUCAUCAACGGAAACCCCUCCGGGAGUCCCAACCUGCUGCUGCGACUCCCACCUCCCAGUCCCAACGACAGCAGACAUUUAAUGCUCACCACAAAGCCAGACAGUGGUCCAGCGCCGAGAACUUCAACACGAUGUUUGCGGCGCCAGACGCACACCCAGAGCAGAGUGGAGGAGGCCAGUCUGAUUGUGGGCAGGCAUUGGGUGCGGGCAGCUCCAUUGUUGGCUCACAGGGUGGAGAUGGAAAAGCCAUUCCAGCAUGGUGCAUGAAUGAGGCCAGCCUUCCGAUCGUCUACCAUCAGGUCCUGGAAGCAUCCAUCAGGGACAACGUCGUUGAGACCAACCUCCUGUACCCAAUCCUCAUGCUGUCCGGCUUGGACAAGCCCGUCCUGGGGCACAUCUGGACUCUCGCUAACCAGACCAUACCUGGCCAGCUCACCAGGCUGGAGCUCUACUUUGCCCUUGGGAUGAUAGCUCUUACUCAGAAUGGACAACAGCCAUCCGUCGAAGCACUGCACCAUUGCAGGGAAGCACCAUUACCAGUACUAACUCCCAAGGGGCAGUCAGGGCCCCAGACCAUCCCACAGUCUAUUGCCAAGCCUGCUACUGAGAAGGGGGCCAUGAAGGGGCCAGAUGAAUUUAUUCCAUUUCAAGAGGCACCUAAGACAAAACCAAACACAAAGAUUACACAGCAUGUGUUAGAACCGUCCGAUUCUAAACCAAGCAGCGGAUCAAGCUCUAAGUGGGGUUCGUCUGUCACCGUUAAGACCCGCAAGUCUUUGGAGGAUGACGAUACGGACCGACAACUCGGCAUGGACUCAAGCCUGAAGUUUCCCAAAGAAGAGGAGAACUGCUAUAUCUUUUCAGGCUCUCCGGCGGACUCCUCGAGUGAAAGGAGCUCCCCACUUGUCUGGGACCCAAACUCCAUUUAUGAUAAGCUUACCUGUCGCUCACAGGAGUCUGUCUCCUCGGGUUCACUGUCAGAUCGAACGCCAAUAGAAGAAGAUGAUGAUGAUGAUGAUGAUGAUGAUUUUAAUGAUUUCAAAUCAGCCCCAGGGCCAUCCAAGAUGAGCGGUUCUUCAUCUCUUGGUGCCUUCCCGUCCAUCGCACCUCCUCGAGGCAUCAACAGCGGACCACUGAAUUCCACCAUCUCAGCAACUUCUAAACAGAGCAGGUUCGCAUCGUCGGGAAUGCGGUCACUUGAUUCCCCGCUCGACGGGAAGUCCAGGUCUUCGUACUCGAGCGAGGAGCAGCAGAAGAUCGACCUCUUCCAGAUGGACUUUGAGAAGGUGUUUCCGAAGGUCGGGAAGAAAGGCAGCAGCUCGAAAGAGUUUGGGGGCUUCCAGAGUGUGACGGCAAAUGUCUCUCCGACGGUACCAGAAGACGAAGAGUUUGGAGACUUUGCACAGUUUAGGCACUCUGCAUCAGAGUCUGACCUGAUGGGGAUGCAGCCUACUAACGGAGAUAAGUAUGCGGUGUUUCGGGACCUACUCGGCGGGGACUCUGCAACUUCAGGACAGGAAACCAAACAGAUGAAGUCAACGGAGAUAACGGAAGGGGACGAGUUUGAUGACUUCAAGAAAGCUGAGCCAGCAAAAGAGGAGUCUUCAACAGGUGGAUCUGAUUCCAUGGCAGCCUUCAAAGAGGCCACUCAGAUGCCACCAAGCUUCACUGCUAACUUCCAGGAUGCUUACCCUAACACAGCCCCGCAGGCUUCAUUAUUUGGACCGUCGCCAUCACUGCCAUCAAUCAACCUAAGUCCUAGCUUACCAGAGGAGGAAGAUGGGUUUGCUGAUUUCAAACAGGCGAUGCCAAUGCCCUCGAGCGCUUCAGACGUUAACAACCUAAAGUCUGACUCCGUCAGCACAAGCUCCUCUGAAGGAAAGUACAACGUACUCCGAGGCUUAGGUAGCCUGGAUGAUCCAUGUCCACCAGAUGAUGAGUUUGGUGACUUCAAGACAACUCAACACAGUAUGACAGACUCUCUGAGUGCGUUCAGCAUCAAAUCAAUCGAUGAAAACACCCUUGGAGGAAUGAAGAAACCAAUGUCGGCAAGCGAUCUGUACGGCAUGGAAUUUGAUGCUCUAGGUUCCAUCAACAGCGCAACAGAGCCCAUGGCGAUGCUGAAUCUUGAAGAUGCCUCGGAGAAUGAUCGCAGUGACAUCCUAGAGACCACACCUACCAACCCUGUAGACCAUUCCUUCCCGCCGGCGGCACCCCCCAACGCAUUUCAUUCAAUGCAGAAUAGCGGGAUCGCUAAACUAGACUCCAUCGACAGGCUUGAUUUAAAGACCUUUGAACUUGACCUGACCCUUGGGAACCUCGGUGAGAUGGAGAGCAAAGAUCGAGGGGAUUCCUUCGGGGAGUUCAGCAGCGCCCCCGUGGACAUGACGAGUCCCAAUGAGAACGGGAAUCUUUUUAAAGAUCCCUCUGGGCCUCUGCCUCCGUCCUAUGGUGUGUCAUCGGUUCCUCUGGUUCCUAGCGGGUCCAGCACGAUCGCCGACAGAUAUUCAGAAGUAGUAGGAGAUGUGGAUGAUGAAAACCGCCAUGCCAGCGAGUGGCAGCGGUGUUUGCAGAAUUGCUACGAGUCUAUCAAGAAAGCCAAUAAUGUCUUCAAUAACAUCAGCAGUUCCUCCGUCUGCAACGAAGUUAUCAAGUCCUCAGAGGGAGGGGAAUACCUCACAGCGGUGAUUGAAAUAUACCGAGUGGCUUGUCGGAUUGUAACGUCAAUGAACGCCAUGGGUGUGGAUACAGCUGAUCUACAGAGACUCGAAAAGGACAUUGAGCUGAUGUGGAAUAAUCUCUCUGCCUUUCUGGCAUCCAGUACUAUUGUGCCAGCUGCAGGUUCCUUCGUCUUCAAGACGGCCAUCCUUCGACCGGAACCGACCAACAACGAUCGAGCUUGUGGGGUUUGUCUCCUCAGUGUAGACGCUCGGAGUAAAGCAUUUGAUCACUCAAAGGACAACCACAAGCUGAGCUAUGGAGGCAGGCAGUACCACGCAACUUGUGCUAACCUCUGGGUUAACAUGGUUGAUUCCAUUCUGCCUGCUCUACCACUCAACAGGUUACUUUAAGGACUGUACCAUUGGGUAGAGGUAGGAUUUUUACUAUCUGGGGUGGAUAGGAUAUAUUGUGUAUUACCCAGUGAACCAGGUCCACCUCCGGGUCAACAUGGUUGAUUCCACUCUGCCUGCUGUACCACUCAACAGGUUACUUUAAGGACUGUACCAUUGAGUAGAGGUAGGAUUUUUACUACUUGGGGUGGAUAUGAUUUAUUUUGUACUACUUGGUGAAACAUCUAGAGUAAUAUAAGCCAGUGAAAGAGAAUUGUUCUGGUUAUGUUGGAAGGCAGUGACUAUGGUCCACCUCUGGGUCAACAUGGUUGAUUCCACUCUGCCUGCUCUACCACUCAACAGGUUACUUUAAGGACUGUGUCAUUGGGUAGAGUAACAAUUUUUCUUGGUAUAUGGUGGUGGAUGUGAUUUAUUUUGUAUUACCCAGUGAAACAUCCAGAGUUAAAUGUAUUAUAAGCCAGUGAAAGCGCAUUUUUUCAGUUAUGUUGGAAUGCAGUGACUAUUGUCCACCUCUGGGUCAACAUGAUUGAGUCUGUCCUGCUGGCUCUACCACUCAACGAGCUGCUUCAACUGUGCCACUGUGCAGAUGUAGGAUUUGAAGUAGUUCUGCUUGUGGGCGUGCGUUCUUCCUGUUACCGGGUACUCUUCGAUUACACAUUUAGCCCAGAAAUUUGGCACUUGCACAGUAAAUGGUGAUCGUGAGCGCGAAUUUGGCGGUAAGCAGAGCCAUGAAAUUGGGCCCUGUUAUCAUUUGGGUACACAGAUGUAAAAGUAUGACAUGAAAAAAUUUUGUGCGCAUUCUGAAUCCCUCAGUCAGCAGUCUCUUGGUUUAAUUUCUAUUCAUAGACCUAUACCAUUAUAAAGUUCACUGAGAAUUAAUGUGGAGGAAAUAAUUUAGUCUGGCUCUUGCUUUUAGUUAUAAAAAUUCAGUAGUCAUUGUUGCAAGUAUACACUGGGACCGUGACAAAGAUUGCAGCAAGACCUACACCGUGUCCAAAACGUAGACUUCGGCUACAGCUACGGCUAGAUCAGGGCCCAAUUUCAUAGAGCUGCUA